AGAGAAAUGCGAGAGCAAGAUAGGGUUUUUGAUCGUCCCGUGCUAGAUGCCGCGACGCCACUUGCGCUUUAGCAAUCCGUGACGAUGAAGACAAGGAUGGAGCAGGGGGAAUGUGGCGGAGAUUCCAGCGCACUGGCGAUUCAUAAGCUGCGCGGCGUUGAAUCGGCGAAUUUCUUCGCGCUCCAGGCGAGGCGCGCGGAUGCGGUGGGAAAUCUGGCGCUGCUGGCGGCAUUUCUCUCCGUGUGAGGAAAUAUUUCGGGCGAUGGGAGCAGUGGUAUUCAGGUUAGCUCUCUUGCUGGUUGUGGUGCUCGGGAGCUUGUCCGAUCUCGCCGAAUGGCCAGCGUCGGUGAAGAUUGGCACACUUCUGGCUCUCAAUUCCACCGCCGGGCACACAGGCAUGGUGGCUAUACAAAUGGCUGUGGACGAUAUCAACAUCAGGAAUUCGAGCUUCCUCAAUGGGACGAAGCUCGAGAUCAUUACUGCGAAUUCGAAUUGCAGCGCAUUCCAGGGCGCUGCCUCAGCGAUGCGAUUGUUCGAACAAAACGUGGUUGCGAUUGCUGGGCCUCAGGCGUCAGUGGUGGCCCAUUUCGUCGCACACAUGGCAGCAGCGACGCAGGUCCCGCUAGUGUCAGCGUCUGCCACCGAUCCAACCUUGUCCGAGUAUCAGUUUCCCUUUUUCCUCCGGCUCGCGCGCAGUGAUCGUAUGCAAAUGGAAGCAGUGGCUGGAAUCAUCAGCGUCUACGGGUGGCGAGAAGUUGUGGCCAUUUACAGCGACGACGACUUUGGGACAAAUGGUGUUGACACGCUGGGUGACGCUCUUGUUGGUUUCGGGGCCAGCAUCGUCUUCAAGGCCGCGCUGGAUCCAGCUAUAGACAGGACAGGGAUUAGCAAGAUUCUCGCGGGACUGGCUCAGAUGGGUACCAGGAUAUUUGUAGUUCAUCUUCAGCCUGCCAUGGGGUUGACGCUGUUUAGCGAGGCCUACUUGCUGAGGAUGCUGGACAAAGGUUACGUCUGGAUUGCUACCGAAGCGAUCAUAUCGACUUUAGACACCAUCUACCUAGAAAGCAAUUAUGUUCAAGCAACGCAAGGGGUGAUUGGAACUCGUAGCUACGUGCCAAAGUCUCCUCAGCUUGAGGCGUUUGCGACCAGGUGGAAAAAGAUAGCGGAGGAGGACGGCAGUGGUCUCAUUUAUUCGCAGUACAAUGCGUAUGAUCUGUAUGCUUAUGACAGCAUCUGGAUGAUCGCAUAUGCGGUGAGAAAGUUUCUCCUCAACCGGGGGAACUUUAGCUUUGUGUCGCCGACAGGUUUCCAGGCAAAUUCAGGUGGAGGCUCGGACUUGGCAAAGCUCAAGAUUCUGCUGGAGGGGCAGGCCUUGUUGCAAGACUUCUUGGAGACGAGUUUUGAAGGGGUUUCGGGAUUAGUGCAGCUUGAUAAGAGAGGCGAUCCUUCGGACUCAGCUUUUCAAAUCGUCAAUAUGGUGGGAAAAGGAUUGAGAACAGUGGGGUACUGGACGAAUGCUACAGGCUGUUCGACUGUUGAACCAGGCACCAACGGGAGCAUUAAAAGCGAUGAACAGAAACUUGAGGACGUCAUAUGGCCUGGUGGUGCCGUGCGUGUUCCUCGGGGCUGGAUGGUUCCAAAGAAUGGACGGCCUCUGGUGAUCGGGGUCCCGAACAAGCAAGGAUACAAGGAAUUUGUAGAUACAGCACUUGGACCCGACAAUGCGACAGUCUUUCAUGGUUUCUGCAUCGAUGUUUUUCAGGCAGCGCUCUCGUAUCUUCCUUACACUGUUCCUUAUUCGUUUCAGCUGUAUGGAAACGGGACAUCGACACCGAGCUACGACGAGCUCGUUCAGAAAGUUGUCAACAAGGAAUAUGACGCAGUUGUGGGAGAUAUAACGAUUACAACCAAGCGUGCAAAGAUUGUAGACUUUACACAACCAUAUACUACCUCGGGCCUGGUUGUCGUCGUUCCUCUCAAGAAAGGGGCCACAAACCAUGCUUGGGCUUUUAUGCGACCGUUUACUCCAGCGAUGUGGUUUACAACGGGUGCAUUUUUCUUGUUCACUGGGGUUGUUAUGUGGCUGUUGGAACACAAGAAAAACCGUGACUUCCGUGGUCGACCGAAGAAACAAGUUGUAACAACACUCUGGUUUAGCUUUUCCACGUUGUUUUUCGCUCAAAGAGAGGAUGUAAAGAGCACCCUUGGACGGGCCGUGCUUAUUAUCUGGUUGUUUGUUGUUCUCAUUAUCAACUCGAGCUACACUGCCAGUCUCACAUCCAUUCUUACAGUUCAGCAACUGAUGCCGACAAUUCAAAACAUAGCCGGCUUGGUGGCGAGUAAUGUACCUAUAGGAUACCAAGCAGGAUCAUUCGUCGAAGAGUAUUUGCUGCAACUCAACGUCCCGAGGGACAGGCUAGUCCCUCUCGAUUCUUUAUCAGCGUACACCGCAGCUCUCCAGAAAGGUCCAAAGUCAGGUGGCGUGGGAGCUAUAGUGGACGAACUGCCUUACGUGCAGCUUUUUUUGUCGUCAGAGUGCGAUUUCACAAUUGCCGGGCAGCAGUUUACGAAGAGCGGCUGGGGAUUUGCAUUCCAAAAAGGAUCGCAGCUGGCCAUCGACAUGUCAACCGCGAUACUCACACUCGCCGAAAACGGCGAGCUGCAACGCAUCCACGAUACCUGGCUCAACGGAUACGACUGCGGCUCACAGAAGGUGCAAAUCGACUCCAACGAGCUGGGACUGGGGACGUUUUGGGGGCUCUUCCUGAUAACAGGCACGGCUUCCAUCAUCUGCCUGUUCGUUUACUACACCAAGAUGCUGCUACGCUACCGCAGAAUUCUCAAAGCCCAGAAGGAGGAGUGCUCGUCGCCAGACAACAGCAUACAGGAUAACUCCCGGCGCUCCUCGAGCUUCCUCAGGUCCUUCGUCACUUACGUGGAGGAGUCCGAGGUUCCAAAGAAGCAUCGAAACUCUUCGCUCAAGAAGAAAGAGGGAGGAGGCACGGGAAGCUCGAGACGAGAGGAGGACAGGAGCCCGGAUACCAAUAGCGGCUGUAGCUCCUCUGAGGCAGCGUAGAGAUUAUUUAUAUGAGCUCCUGGGACGAGAUCUUCGCCGCUUAAACUGUAUACUCGAUUGGCUUGACGAUUAUAUGAGAAAUGAAAUUCUCAUUGGACCACUACACGACUUUUUUACUGAUAUAUCUCAAAAUGCGAAUAUGCGAUCCUCCUCUUUUUUUUGAUGGAGCAUAUCCUUUCCUUUA